AUGGCUCUAUUUAUUGAUUAUAAUGAUAUAUUUCCCAUCUGUGCAGAAGAUUUUAACUGGGGAAUAAAUUAUCAAAGAAGUGAAAAUAUAACUCAUGAUUUAACAAGUUUGUGCAGUAAUUUCUAUAAAGAAGAAGGUAAAAACAACUUAUCUCGUGAAUUUAGUCAACAUUGCCAAGUCCAUACUCUAUAUUUAGAGCGUAUAAGAACUAAAAUACCAACAUAUAAACAAAAAGAAUGUUGUAUAUACUUCUAUUACAAGCUAAAUGAACUACUAAAAAAAUAUCCUUGCAACUGUAUGGACGAUAAAAGUUGCUAUGGAAAAAUGGAAAGCCUGAGCAAGAAGACAUUUAGUGAUAAUAUUUCUAGAAUAUUUUUGCAAUGUAAUAAUUAUAUUAAUGCUUUUGAUGAAAGUGAAAUCCCAAUGUUUAAGAAUCUUGAUAAACUAUAUAGCCUUUAUAACAAAUUUAAAAGGCCAAAUCAUCCAAACUGGAGUGAUAUUGAGAAUUUUAUAAAAUGUAUGGUGCAUUUAGAAGGGCAUAUAAAUAAUUAUAACGACAGCUUUAAAGUAUUGCUACAGAGACUUAACAAUAAAUAUAUUGAUUUUGUGAAAACGCUAAAAGAAACUAACUCGCAUGAGAGCGCAUUAUUAUCUUAUAUUUCUGAUCGCGGUCAUAUUACAGGAAUAUUAAAAAAUUUUAAAAAUGAAUUGUAUUUAUUUAAUAUAUAUUGUGUU